AUGAACACUAUACAAGGAGCCUAUGAUGGGCUACAGCCAAAAACACUGGUCUUGGCCGCGAUAUACAUUUUGAUAUGUGUUAUCAUUUUUACGCGCAUCCUCACCGGACUUCAAAGCUAUAAGAAGACAGACACAGCACAGCCGCGUCGGCCUAGGACAGCGCCGUAUUGGAUACCAUGGUUUGGCCAUAGUCUUUCGUUCGCUCGGAAUCACAUAGAGUUUCUAGAGAAUACCAGGCAUCGACUGAACGAGACUGUAUUUGCCAUCGUGAUGAGCGGGGCAAAGCACAACGUUGUCAUGUCCCCAUCGAUGAUCAAGUCCGUCUUGACAUUUAGAGGAGUAACAACGGCCCCGCUAGUUCAACAUGUUUCAAGGAAUAUUCUCGGUGACCGGGGUGUCUUUCAGAAGCUAAACCCCUCUGACCGUCAUGUGUUUGUCCAUAACGUUCCAAACCAAUUCAUGCAUGAGCCGUCACUAUCUCAGACAUCAGGGGCUGCCGCCCGAUUCAUCGAACGUGAAACUCCUAAUUUGGUGACUUUCUCCGCAGCUCCUAUUGACCAGAUGCUCUGGGAGCGGCCGGGUGAUGUCACAGUUAUCGAGGGAAAGGGCCAGCAAGUCUGCGAGGUAGAUUUCUUCGCCCUCAUUAGAUAUUUUGUUGGGACCGUGACGACAACUUCUCUAUUCGGCCAAGCGAUUUUGGACACUUUUCCAACAUUGCUUCAAGAUGUCUGGAGUGUUGAUGACCAGUUCGCUACCUUGUCCAUGGGACCGCCUCGCUAUUUAACUCCAGGAAUUUCUGCAGCGUAUAUGGCCCGUGAUCGACUAUUGGAUGCUCUUGCAAUAUUUCACCAAGCUUUGCUACUCUGGGAUGAAGGGAAAGACCUUGGGAUGGAAUUCCGCGACCUUCGUGAUCUGGAAGACGUCUCGGAGCCGAUCAAGAACCGCGCGCGCAUGGCGAAGGACAUGGGACUGACGCCACAAGAGAGUGCUCCUGCGCAUCUAGCAUUGCUCUGGGCUAUGAAUGGGAACUCGCCUAACAUCGUAUUCUACCAUCUCCUUCAUCUCUACGCUAACCCGACGCUCCUGGAGGAUCUUCGAAAGGAGAUCGCCCCGUUUGUCAAAGUCUCGAGGCCGACUCGAGAGGAAACCGGGUUUCCGAUACUGGAGGCACCUAGACUUUCUAUUGACAUCGAUAAACUGUGUGAUUCUUGUGAACUUCUGAAAGCGAGUUUCUACGAGACUCUACGCUUGGACUCUGCAGGGUUGUCCUUUCGGCAGUUGACCGCAGAUCUGACUAUCACGGAGAGUGAGGAAGAGGCCUCAAAGGCAGGCCGGUUAACGCCGGAGUCUUAUUCCCUUAAAAAUGGCGAGCUAGUGAUCAUACCCCAUGGCGUCAUCCACAACGAUCCGACACACUUCUCCAAUCCCGAUCAAUUCGACCCUCUCAGAUUUAUAAGAACUGACCCACAAUCCGGCCAGAAGUACGCAAAGUCUGAGACCAUGACUCCAUUCGGGGGCGGCAUGCCUGCCUGCAAAGGACGUGCUUUCGCGGAGAAAAAAAUUCUCGCUCUUUCCGCAGCGAUUAUAUCCUUGUGGCAGAUUACGCCCGCAGAGGGAAAGAAAUUCAAGAUUCCAGAGCACAGAAUCUCGAGUGCUGCAUUUUUGCCGAAGAAUGAUAUAAGGGUGCGGAUGUCACCGCGAUACCCUUCGUGAUGUACAUAGUUUGGUUAUCGACUAGAAGGUUUGUAUAGAAAGGCAAUGAUAUAUGAUGAGUUGUGCAAAUAUGCGGGGAAAUCUUUUGUUUUAGCACUAGCAGGAUAUGCCAGCGAAUUGACGAUGUGCCGACA